UAUCGAACCUGCCGGGAAAUAGCAGCAGAUUGUCGAAUUUGAUUGGGAAGAGGCUUCUGCAUUGCAGUCCUCCAAGAAAGGGAUGCAUCUUCUUCUUCCCCGAGCCUCCAUUUCUUCUCUUCUCUUCUCCAGAAACCUCCAUUUAGCCCUCCCGCCGUCUCUGCUCCGAAGGAAAGCUCUCUGUCUGGCAAUGUCGACCGCUGCUGACACAUCGCCUCGGGCUCACUCACUCGCCUUGCCGACUCAGCCCGGUGAACCGGUCCAGAUCGUCGCCGCCCCCGGUGUCUCCGAUUCCCAGUUCAGGAAUGCUAUCGAAUCCUCAUUGUUCAAGCAAUGGCUGAAGAACUUGCAGUGUGAAACAGGGGUCUUGGCCAAUGGUGCUGCCACCUUGAGACAAGUUCUUAUACAGGGAGUGGAUAUGUUCGGAAACAGCAUAGGCUUUCUCAAAUUCAAAGCAGACAUUUUUGAUAAAGAAACUGGGAAAAAGGUUCCAGGUAUAGUCUUCGCACGAGGGCCAGCUGUAGCUGUGCUUGUCCUUUUGGAUUCAGGGGGAGUGACUUAUGCUGUCCUUACCGAACAGGUUAGGGUUCCUGUUGGAAGGUGUAUCUUGGAAUUGCCAGCAGGAAUGCUGGAUGAUGACAAAGGUGAUUUUGUCGGCACAGCUGUUCGUGAGGUCGAAGAAGAGACUGGCAUUCAAUUGAAUCUGGAAGACAUGGUUGACCUCACUGCUUUCCUUGACUCAUCAACGGGAAACCGGAUAUUUCCUUCUCCAGGAGGAUGCGACGAAGAUAUAAGCAUUUUUCUGUACAGAGGGACAGUGGAUGAAGAGAAGAUCAAGCAGCUGCAGGGGAAGGAAACAGGUCUCCGGGACCAUGGAGAGCUCAUCAAGGUUCGGGUGGUCCCCUACGAAAAACUUUGGCGCUCAACUGCUGAUGCCAAAGUUCUGAUGGCCAUUGCGCUCUAUGAGAUGGCCAAGAAAGAUGGCUUACUCCCUCCACUCUAAAAUCAACAUAAAAUUGUGUCCUGCAUAUCGAUGUUAGAAGAACCUGGAGAUGUCAUAGUAUAUGUAUUAACUUGCGAAUAAAGAUUUGGAAUUUGCUGACUUUUAAGUACACAAGAUUGGCUGUUUUUCGUA